AGCCAUCUUCCUCGCUGCCCUAACUGGCAACGCCAAGUCGCAACACCGUGUCCCGCUCAAACGUCCUCCAGCCUCGAUCUCAAGCUCAAGCUCAAGUUCUUCACGUUUCCCGUUUCUUUGGUUCCUCCCCCAAUUGCUGCAUCUGUCCUGAUCCCUCAAUUUCUCUCUCCUAGGGUUAGGGUUUCUGUUCGUUCUCCUUUCACUCUCUCUCUAGCUGUUGCUCCCCUCUUCUUCUCUCUCCUCCUUCGUCCUCGGCUCUGCUCGGGUUUCCGAGAUGGGAGUGCCCGCUUUCUAUCGAUGGUUAGCUGAGAAGUACCCGAUGGUCGUGGUCGAUGUUGUUGAGGAGGAGCCCGUCGUCAUCGACGGGGUUUCGAUCCCCGUCGACACCAGCAAGCCCAAUCCCAACAACAUAGAGUUCGACAACCUCUACCUCGACAUGAAUGGAAUUAUCCAUCCCUGCUUCCAUCCCGAAGACAGGCCAGCUCCAACGACAUUCAAUGAGGUGUUUCACUGCAUGUUUGACUAUAUUGACAGACUUUUUGUGAUGGUGCGACCUCGAAAAUUGUUAUAUAUGGCUAUAGAUGGUGUCGCACCAAGAGCAAAAAUGAAUCAGCAGCGGUCGAGGCGUUUUAGAGCAGCUAAAGAUGCAGCAGAGGCGGCAGCUGAAGAAGAGCGGCUAAGACAGGAAUUUGAAAGUGAAGGCCGGAAACUACCUCCGAAGAAUGAAUCUCAAAUUUUCGAUUCAAACGUCAUUACUCCUGGAACUGAAUUCAUGGCUGUUUUGUCGGUGGCACUGCAGUAUUAUGUCCAUCUUAGGCUAAAUAACGACCCUGGAUGGAGAUCUAUUAAGGUUAUCCUUUCUGAUGCAAAUGUUCCUGGUGAAGGGGAACACAAGAUCAUGUCAUAUAUUCGUCUCCAAAGAAAUCUUCCUGGAUAUGAUCCAAAUACACGGCAUUGCCUGUAUGGUUUGGACGCUGAUUUAAUUAUGUUAGCUUUGGCCACACAUGAAAUUCAUUUUUCGAUUCUUCGAGAGAUUGUUUUCACUCCCGGUCAACAGGACAAGUGCUUCCUGUGUGGCCAAAUGGGUCAUUUGGCAGCAGAUUGUGAGGGAAAGGCAAAGACGAAGUCAGGAGAAUUCGAUGAAAAAGGUGAUGAUGCUGGCAUUGUUAAAAAGCCAUACCAGUUUUUGAACAUUUGGACUCUCAGGGAGUACUUAGAGUAUGAGUUCAGGAUCCCAAAUAUUCCUUUUGAAGUAGAUUUUGAGCGCAUCGUGGAUGACUUUAUCUUCAUUUGCUUCUUCGUUGGCAAUGAUUUUUUACCUCACAUGCCAACCUUGGAAAUUCGUGAGGGUGCGAUCAACUUGUUGAUGACAGUCUAUAAGAAUGAAUUUAGAGCAUUGGGUGGAUAUUUGACUGAUGGAAGCAAGCCGAAUCUGAGCAGGGUUGAGCAUUUCAUUCAGGCCGUAGGGUCAUUCGAAGAUAAAAUUUUUCAGAAAAGAGCAAGAUUGCAUCAGCGGCAAUCAGAAAGAAUAAAGCGUGAUAAGGCUCAAAGGAGAAGAGGCGAUGAUGCAGCACCUCAAGUCGAACCUGAGUCUUUAGUUCCAGUUUGUCGAUUUCAGGGCUCCCGUCUUGCUUCAGGUGCUUCACCCUCUCCCUAUGAGCAACAAGGAUCUGCUCACAGUUCAGAAAUUACAUUUCAUGCCAAAAAGGUGCAGCAAAGUGAAAAAGGAACGGGGUCUUGGAGCCAAGUUGACACUAGAAACAAAAGGAAGUGGACUUCAGAUGGUAACGCGACAUCUUUACGGGCACAUAAGGUUGCACGAUUGUCUUCUAGUUCAACAAUAGGUGCAGCCAUUGUUGAAGCAGAAAAUAGUCUUGAAAUAGAGGUGCAUGAGAAUAAGGAAGAUUUGAAGGCAAAGCUUAAGGAAUUACUUCGUGAGAAGUCUGAUGUUUUUAAUUCCGCGAACCCGGAAGAAGACAAGAUCAAAUUGGGAACACCAGGGUGGAAAGAAAGGUAUUAUGAGGAAAAGUUUUCUGCAAAGACUCCAGAAGAACUUGAAGCAAUCAGGAGAGAUGUUGUUUUGAAGUACACAGAGGGCUUGUGUUGGGUAAUGCAUUAUUAUUACGAGGGAGUUUGUUCUUGGCAGUGGUUCUAUCCAUAUCAUUAUGCGCCCUUUGCUUCUGAUUUAAAGGAGCUUGGCCAGCUGGAUAUAAACUUUGAGCUAGGUUCUCCUUUCAAACCUUUCAAUCAGCUGCUCGGUGUUUUCCCAGCUGCAAGUUCCCAUGCCCUUCCAGAACAGUACAGGAAGUUGAUGACUGAUCCAAAUUCACCCAUCGUCGAUUUUUAUCCUUUUGAUUUUGAAGUUGAUAUGAAUGGAAAACGCUACUCUUGGCAGGGUAUUGCCAAAUUGCCUUUUAUAGAUGAAGUUCGACUUCUUGCAGAGGUUGAGAAAAUUGAACAUACUUUAACGGAGGAGGAAGCACGGAGAAAUAGUGUGAUGUUGGACAUGCUCUUUGUGUCAUCAUCUCAUCCUCUCUCGGUGUGCAUAUACUCCUUGGACAACCGCUGUAAACAGUUGAUGGACAAAGACCGGGCUGAAAUCAAGGAGCAACUUAAACCUGAGUUGAGUGGCGGGAUGAAUGGCUACAUUUCACCUUGCGCUGGAGAUCCAUGUCCUCCUUUUUUCAGAUCUCCAGUGGCCGGCAUGGAAGAUAUCAUGAACAAUGAAGUCUUAUGCGUCAUAUACAGACUCCCAGAUGCCCACAAACAUAUAACAAGGCCACCUGCAGGCGUUGUGUUUCCCAAGAAGAUGGUGCAAUUGGAGGAUGUCAAACCUGCAACUGCUCUGUGGCAUGAGGAUUCUGGAAGGAAGCCAUGGGAGAAUGGAAGCAACUCAAACACGGCUUACCAGAGGCAAAAUCCCCCUGGCACAAUCUCUGGGCGGCAGCUGGGAGACGCAGCACAUCGGCUUGUUGCCAACAGUUUACAGUUUAAGGCAGUGGAUGCUAAUGGUUAUGCCAAUUAUGGGCAUGCUCCACCUCCACGUUAUCCUGUGGGCCCACUUUCAUGGCACCAAGAACAGUAUGUAGCGGCUCCACCUAGGAGUGCACUACCUCCCCAGGGUUUCCAUCAGCACCCAAAUGUGACAAGUUCGAGAGAUUCCCGUGAUUAUGGUCAUGGUCGAUCCCACUCUCGGCCAACAGCUCAUCCUCGGAGUCAUGAAAGAAACAGCCCCUCAGCAUCUCCGGGCAAUGGUUCCCAUUCCAGGCAUGGAAACUAUCCACGAGGGCAGUAUCAUGGUCCAUCCAGGUAUCCCCCUGGACCUAUUCAGCGGCCUCCCAAUGUGAGUGGUUCUUAUCAAUAUCACGAGCCCUAUGAUAGCCGUCACCACAGUUCCUAUGUACAAGGAGGUCCUCCUCCUCAAGCCCAAUGGCAUGGAGGCUGGACUCCUCGAGGAAAUUAUAACCAGCCCAGAGGCUACAUGGGCCCACAACAAUCAGGAAACCCUUACUCUGCGCUAGACAGAAGAGGCUAUCGGCAGCCACCUCCGCCAGGCUUUGGCCGCCCGUAGAAUUUUUUCCUGUGAAUUGUGAUCUUACCUUUAUUGCUUUAGGUGAGAGAAUGUUGUACAAUAGUCUGUUUUUUAAUUGUUCAAUAGCUGUAUCAAUUUUUUCUUCUACCAUACCUUGUGGGUUUAGGUGCGGGUUCAUUUCUGCACAGAUAAGAGGGAACAUUGUUAUUUUUCUGUUUUUCUUAAGUAGCAGCUGCCAUUAUGCCAAUAAAAUCAAGCAUUCAAUGGCA